UCCGGGAGCCAGGAGCCGGGAGCCGCCGAGAAUCCCGACCGCCCCGGGCGGCCGCGGACGACUGGAUGCGGCCCCGCUCGGGUCGGAAGCGCCCUUCAGGUAUGAAGCGGCCACUGAGCCCAUCUCCCGUGGGUGAGAAGGAGCCCCCCGUAUCUGAAGCUGCUGAGUGCCCCCCUCGGCCCCCAGAAGCACCUAAGCCCAAGCGGGAAAGAAAACGGCCCUCGUACACCCUCUGUGACGUGUGUAACAUCCAGCUGAACUCAGCGGCCCAGGCCCAGGUGCACUGUGGGGGGCGGGCCCACCAGAGGCGCCUGCGGCAGCUCAGCCUUGAAAAGACAACCCCCGGGCCAGCAGGCCCGGCCUCCGGAGCCCCCAGCCCGCUGCUGGCCUCCCUGGCCCUGCCCGCCAGGCCUCUGCAGCCCCCGCUGGACUUCAAGCACUUGCUCACCUUCCACUUCAAUGGCGCCACCCCGCUCAGUCUCUUCCCCAACUUCAGCACGAUGGACCCGGUCCAGAAAGCUGUUAUCAGCCACACAUUUGGGGUCCCCUCUCCCCUGAAGAAGAAGCUCUUCAUUUCCUGUAACAUCUGUCACCUGAGAUUCAACUCAGCGAACCAGGCUGAAGCACAUUACAAAGGCCACAAACAUGCCAGAAAACUCAAGGCUGUUGAAGCCGCCAAGAGCAAGCAGAGGCCGCAAACCCUGACCCAGGAUGAGACGCUGGUGUCCCCUACCCCGACUCCAGCCGGUGGAGCCCCUGAAGAGCUGCACAGCAAAGUUCCUGCGGCCCCUCCUCCUGGUCCCGAAACCCAGUCACCCCGGAGUCCAGAACCCACGCCCAGGGAGCCAGUCCCCUCCGACCUCUUGGACGCUGCCUCCUCUUCCUCCUCUUCAUCUUUCCCACCCUGCUCCCCAGAGCCUGGGCCAGAGGCCCCAGAGCCUGAACCAGCAGCAGCUGCUGUGGGAAGCGGUGUGAGUGGGGAAGGCAGGAGCGAGAAGGGGCGCCUCUACUGCCCCACAUGUAAGGUGACCGUGAAUUCUGCCUCCCAGCUUCAGGCUCACAACACAGGAGCCAAGCACCGGUGGAUGGUGGAAGGUCAGCGGGGCGCUCCCCACAGGGGCCGGGGCCGCACGGUGCCCCGGAGAGGAGCUGGACACAAGGCCAAGAGAGUGACAGGGGGCCGGGGGGGCCGGCAGGGGCCCAGCCCCCCGUUCCACUGUGCUCUCUGUCAGCUCCAGGUCAACUCAGAGACCCAACUCAAGCAGCACCUGAGCAGCAGGAGGCACAAAGACCGCCUGGCCGGGAAGCCCCCCAAGCCCUCCAGCCAGCACAGCAAGCUGCAGAAGCACGCAGCACUGGCUGUGAGUCUCCUCAAGUCUAAACUGGCCUUGCAGAAGCAACUCACCAAGACCCUGGCAGCCCGCUUCUUGCCCAGCCCGCUCCCCACCGCGGCAGCAGCCAUCUGUGCCCUGCCAGGGCCCCUGGCCCUCCGGCCUGCCCCCACAGCGGCCACCACCCUCUUCCCAGCUCCAAUCCUGGGUCCAGCUCUGUUUCGCACCCCAGCGGGAGCCGUUCGCCCUGCCACGGGACCCAUCGUUUUCGCCCCCUAUUAGCCCUCCCAGGGAGCCCAGGGCUGACUUCCCAGCAGUCGCCCUGCCAGCAGUUGCCCCUGCCCGCCACCGGCCCUGACCCCUCUCCCUGAGAUGCCUCAGUUCCCUCCAUCCCGCAGGAGAAUGCCUUUUACAGCCUCGGGGGCCUGCCCAAUCUAGGAAGAGCUGGGCUAACGCUAAGAGCUGCUGCCCAGCCCUCAGUCUGCACUGGGGACUCAGCUAAUGCCACCCUGGCCCACGGACCAUCCAUCUGCACCCUCCCUGCCUCUGGUGUCUAGGGCUAGUCCUGGGCUCCCCUCCAUUUCCCAUCCUGACUUACGGGGAGCAAACCGAAAAAUCCAAAGAUCUAUGCAAUAAUCCUAGCCCCAGCCCCAUGGUGCUCUCAUCCCUCCAACUCAAGACCUAUAGCCAUGUGGCCAGAGGCCCAAGGAAUCUGACUUUCUCCUAGCCUGAGGACAAGACUGUGACCUCUAUUCCUAUGCCCUGCAGGGGGUGGGGUGGGGGUGGUCUUCCCCAUUCACUGGAUUCCCCAGAGAAUCACUGGCGAUGAUGGAGGGGGUCUCCAGUGGGAGUGGGUUCAAGACCGCCUGGACAAGGGUGUGGUGGACUGUGGAGAGAGGGAGCGGCACCAAGUGGGGCAAAGCCAAGGGGCGGCUGGGGCCGCAAGCUUCUGGGGUUUUCGCUUGCUGACAGGAUGGGGUGAGGUGAUGGUGAUGUUCUGGCUGGGCCAUCUGUAAUAGAGGAAAUGACCAGUCCCACACACGUUCUCCCCUCUUAGCCUUUCAUUGAUUCUUCCUGAACCCCAGCUCUCAAGGGGGAAGAGGAGUGACACUGGGUCUCCCUCAGACUAUGGAGCCCCCGACACCAAAUCCACCCCCCAGGGCUCCCCUCCAGUUCCUCACUUCAAACUGGCCCCCAGCACUCAAUUCAGCUCUCCCCCAAGACCAGCAGCCCAAGCCCCCCUCGCUGUGAACCCGAGUGUUGGGAUCCACUCUCGAGACCCAUUUUCGUGCCGUCAAGAUGACUGCCACUACCCGCUCCCACCCCAGCACUGCC